AGCUCCUUCCCCUUCUUUCAUUCCCUCCCCUCUCACUCGUCUCUCCCCUGCCAGCCGCCGCCGCCGCCACCCGGCUCCUCCGCGACCUCCACCUCACCGCCGCCCAGAUCCAACUCCGCCGACGAGCCCAACCGCCUCCAUCGUCCCCAUCCGCGCCGUCGUCGCAGAGCGAGCCUCAACGACGGCCCCGUCGUCCUCCGCCUCCAGCGGAUCCCGCCGCCCCUGCUGCUCCGUCCCCCGACACCUCUUGCCACCGGAGUUGGCCCUCCAGCCAAGGUGGUGCAAUGGCCUCAGGCAUCAUGUUCCGACGUCUUUCCAAGACACUCACCAUGAGCCCAGCAACAGCACUGGCAUCUGGUAUGACCAGCCAGCACCACCAGCUUCAGCAGCGUGCACCGGUGAGUGGCACGUCCAAGGGCAAGGCGAAGCUCAAAGCUGGGAUGCCUCUGAGGCGUAGCGUCAUAGCCAAGAAGGGGGGCGCGCCUGCCACUGCUGGGAGCGGCGGCGCUGGCCGUGGUCGCCGUGAAGCCAUGGAGCGUAUUACUCAGAUUGCAGAGUCUUGUCUGAAGUCCUCCACUCCUCUACGGCACCUGUCCCCCAAGGAGCGUCUCCGCGAGGCAAAGCGUGAGGAGCUUGGGCUCAUCUCCAAGGAACGGCAACGUGAGCUUGACGCUGCCAAGGCUAAAGCUAAAGCUAAAUCCAAGGGUGCCAGUGGAGGUGAUGGUGACCGUGUUCUGAUGGGUCCGCCGGGCCUUGACUAUAUCAGUCUUGGUCUGGUGGAUGAGGAGACUAUCCCUGAGUAUGAGCUGACAGUUGAAGAUGGCCGGCGUCUUGCCAAGGAAUACAGCCGUGUGCUAAUGCGACGACACCGUGCACGUCAAACUGCAGAGUCAACGCUCUUGAGGCUCAAGAAGGAGGCCAUUGCUGCACUCCCUGAGAAGCUGCGGGCUGCUGCUAUGGUUCCUGACAUGACCCCGUUCCCUGCAAACCGGUACAUGGCAACACUCACGCCACCGAUUGAAGGGUAUAUUGAAAAGGUGCGAGAUGCUGCCAAGAAGUAUUCAGUGAAGGAGAAACUUCGCUGAGUCCGAUUCAACAUGGGAGGAAAGAGUCUUCUCCAUACAAGAUGCUGAGAGUUUAGACGCCUUCUUAUGCUCCUUUAAUUAAUUCUUGGCCUCUGUCUAGGUUUGGUGACUACUUUGUGCUAUUUUGGUCUUAGAUAAUCAGAUUCUGGUAAUAAGCCGUCACAAUUUUUAUUUGCAAGAUCCUGCCAUGUUAUUCUGACUGAACUGUUCAUGUCAGUUUUAGUCCCUCCGUUUCUUUUUACCCCGCAUAUAAGAUUUGUCUGAAGUCAAACUUUGUAAAGUUUGAUGGCUACUUUGUGUUAUUUUGGUUUGUGAUGGUCAGAUUCUGGUAAUAAGCCGUCACAGUUUUUCUUUGCAAGACCCUUCCAUGUUAUUC